AUGGCCACCCAUAAAGUCAAGAUUGCUGCCCGCUUACGGCCAAAGAUUCAAGGAGAACUCGACGACGACUCCGUUCAGAUUCACCACCCCACAGAUAACACGGGUGGUUCAUCGAGUUCUCUUGCGUUGGGUGUCAGCUACAUCUCAGUCACGAAUCCAAGGGAUCCUUCUCAGGUUUUCAAGUUUCCGUUUUCAAGCUGCUAUGGGCAAGAUUCAAAUCAGGAGGAAAUCUUCCGAAAUGAUGUAGAGCCUCUCAUUGAUGUUGUGUAUAGCGGUGUCACGGUCACUAUUUUCGCAUAUGGCGUCACGUCUUCAGGAAAAACGCAUACCAUGCAGGGCACUAAAACUGACCCAGGAGUUAUACCCCGCGUUGUUCAGGCCAUGUUCGAGAAAAAGGGCCAACUUCUUCAAUACCAAACAUCGCUGUCCGUAUCGUAUAUGGAAAUAUAUAAAGACGAGGUAUACGAUCUCCUCGUAACCAGGGAAAAUGCUCCGAAGCUUCCCGUUCGCGAGAACGACGUCGGAAUGGUGUUUGUUGCCAAUCUAACAUCGACGCCUAUACCAUCUAUCGAGGAUUUCGAAACAAUUUACAACCAAGCGACAAAGCAUCGUUCAGUUGGCGCUACGAACCUCAACCGAGCGUCGUCGCGGUCGCAUGCGGUAUUGACUAUCGAAGCGACCAUGGUUGACGCAGUAGCAAAUACUACGUUGACGGGCAAAAUCAACCUCGUUGAUUUGGCAGGUUCAGAAAACAACAAGUUGACUGGGAAUGAUCCAUCUCGGAUGGCUGAGUCGUCUGCCAUCAACAAGUCUCUCAGUGUACUUGGUCAAGUCGUCCAUGCUUUAAAUCAAGGAGCCUCCCGCAUCCCCUACCGAAACUCAAAGCUUACUCGAAUCCUCCAAGACGCCCUUGGAGGACAUUCCGUCGGCCUCCUUAUAUGUAAUUUGGCCCCUGGCACGAAAUUCAGACAAGAUACCUUAAACACCCUCAACUUCGCGGUCCGCACAAAGAAUGUUGAAAAUAGACCUGUCGUCAACGAACGAGACAAUCGUCCCACGCUCAAGCCACAUUUCGCAGCGUUGCAACCGCCAGUGCCAAAGCCUGCCCCUGCUCUUCUACAACCCAUAUCUACCGCAGGGUCAAGCGCUGCCCCAGGAGCGAUGCGCUCUCGCGCCUCAUUAGUUCCCGUCCCAAGGGUCCCUCGCGCCUCAAUGCUUUCGGGUGCGAAUCUUUACCAGUCCUUUGGGCUUCCAGGCGCAGCCCCCGUCCGGAGAAAUGUUAUCAACGAAAAAUCAUCUGAAGGCGAAGGUGAUAGAUCUGGCUCCAUGGGUUUUGGUAUGACUGAGAAAGAGAUUGACGAAAGAAUCUCAAAGGCAGUUGAGGCUGAAGUUGCCAGGCGAUUAGCAGAGCGAGAGAGAGAGAGACUUGCGGAAGAACAACGGUCGAAAGAGAUCGAGCAAGAGGCCAGCAAGAGCCCACCCAUAAAGGAGAAGACCUUACCAUCUGGUGUCCUCACACCACUCCUAAAACGGCACAAAGACCUAGAUGACGAGUUGAAGAAUCGGUUGCAUGAACUCGAAAGGAAGUUUGAGCGAGGCAGCAAGGAAACGCAGCUAGCUGAUGUCUUGUCGCCGGUUUCCAAGAAGAAGACAGGAAGAGCGUACGUGGCUCUAGCCCGCGCACAUUCAGAAAAGGGUGAUCUGCAGGUAGCCCUAGACCUCUACCGUAAGGCGGAAACCUAUGUGCCUGAUAACAUCAAGCUUAAAGAGAGGAUAAUCGAGAUCGAAUGGUCCGUCAAGAACGGGAAACAGUAUGUCCCUUCGCCGAAACCACCGAAGAAGGCCAAAAACAAGAAGAAGAAAGUUAAGCAGCCGGAAAACGUGGAAUCGGAGGAUCAUAUGGUGGUUGACGAUCAGGAUGGAGCGAAGGGCAAAGGCAAGAAGGGGGCGGAGUUCGGUAUGGAGCUCACCAACACUGAGAGCCCAAACAAGAGCAAGCGGCAUCUGGACAGCGAAAUCGACUCCGCUCAAACACCACUCAAACGGCAGAAGCGAGCUGUAAAUAUCGCAGAUGGUGUCGAAAGCGACGACGAAGACGAAUGGGUCCCUUCGGCUCCAACCCGGAAGAGCAAGCGAAAGGCCGUUACAUGA